AUGAUAGGGAGCGGAGAUCGCGUCACAACGUGCGGCGCGAUCUCCGAUUCGUCACAUGAGCCGGCGUACGACGAGCCGCCGUGGUACGCGUUCGCGCGCCCCCUGACGUGGCGCGUGUGGCUGUGCGUGCUGGGCCUGUACGUGCUCGGGUCGCUCACGCUCUUCGCGGCCUCGAGGGUCAGCCCGUACGAGAGGAGGAAGGGGGAGCCGACCUCCCUCGGCGGAUGCUUCUGGUUCAUGCUCAGCUCCUUCUUCCUGAGGGGGGCGACGCAGGGGCCGCAGGCCUGGUCCUGCCGCCUGGUGGCCGUGAUCUGGUGGUGGUUCUCCGUCCUCCUGCUUUUCCUCUACGUCCACGUGGUGGCGCUGUCGUACGCGACGCAGGAAACGACGCCGCCGAUCAGGGCGGUGGAGGAUCUGGCGCGGCAGUCGGUCGUGCAAUACGGGGCGGUCGGCGGGGGGGCCACGCACGCCUUCUUCAAGGCCCACCCGGAGAACCUCCUCCGCGACUACGAGGAGGGCGUCGCCCGGGUGAAAUCCUCCAACGGGGAGUUCGCCUUCUUCAUGGAGACGCUGAGCAUGGAGUAUUAUCUGUCGAGGCAUUGCGAUCUGGCCCAGCUGGGGAAGACGAGUCGAAUGGCAACGUGGUACGACGAGAAAAAAAAAAUCCUCAACCGACGAAAGAGAAAGUUUGUCGAAUCCGCACGUCGCAACUCAGGUUCCUGGCUGAUGCCGUUGAUGUCGUCGGCGCUGUUGGAGAUGCAGGAGGACGGGAGCCUGUGGGGGCUGGACCUCAAGUGGUUUCACUUUAGGAACGAUUGUAGGGAGGAGCCCGGGAGGAGUCCGGGGUUGACGCAUAUCGACUUGUAUAACUUUGGUGGGAUCGUGUUCGUCGUCCUCCUCGGGCUCAUCUUGGCCAUCCUCGUCGCCUUCUUCGAGCUCUGCGUCUACUCCGUCGCCACCGUGAAGAAGGGGGGGAAAACUGCGCAUACGUCGGUGAGGCGGCAGAUGAAGGAGGAGUUCAGGGAAUCCCUUCGGUUGAACCCGCCGAAGAGACCGCCGCCGCCGCCGCCGGUCGAGGAGAUGGGGUGAGGGUCGCGACGACGGUGGCGCCGCUGCGACGACGGUGGCAUCGAUGCGACGACGGUGGCGCCGUUGCAGAUGUGUUUGAAAGUGUUGCGACGUUUGGGUGCCUCUGUGGGCCGAGCCCGGUCUCUCCCUCCGUAGCUGACCAAAACGGUGUUGAUCAGACAGAACAUCGUGAGACGAGACAGAACAUCGUGAGGCGAGGCAGAACAUCGUGAGACGAGGCAGAACAUCGUGAGACGAGGCAGCGUCGCGGAC